CUUCCGUUCUCUAGUGUCAAACUCUGCACAGUGAGGCUCAAACAACAACAGACAUUUUUUGAGAAGGGAAACAUUAAAACAUUGAGAAGAAAAGGAUUUAUAGUGUUUUGUUGGCAUUUGUUAGUGGCUGUGCCCUCCUCCAACCACUGGGGACAGGAUAACAGAGAGAAAGAGGGAGGAGGGUAACAGAUAGAGUUGGAAUAGGUGUCUGGUGCAACACAGAGUGGGAGAGAGAGAGGACAGAAACCUCGACGCACCGCUCUCCAAGGCUACAAACUACCUCCGCUUUCCUCUCUUUCUUUUAUAGUUUGCAUCACAUUUCCCUCCAGAUGCAUAUUUCCCAUAGAAGUUAACGUCUCAUCUCUCCUUACACCUCUGAUUUAUUUAUCCCUCUAACUUUUUCUCUCGGACCGGAUCGAAGUGGGGGAGACAGGUGGAGAGAGGAUGGCGAGCGGACGGGCGCCGCUUGUUGCUGCGCUCUCCCCGGCUCAGCGCACCCAGACGCGGGUCGCGCUGCUGCUCUGGUCGCUGGUUGUGACCCGCUGCCACUUCGCGUCGGCUCAGGAGCUGCCGACCAACGGGGUUAACGGGUACAGCCUGCACCCGCCUUACUUCAACCUGGCCGAGGGCACUAAGAUCACCGCCACGGCGACCUGCGGGGAGGACGACACCGGCAGGACCGUGCAGGACCUGUACUGCAAACUGGUCGGAGGCCCGGUAUCCGGAGACCCGAGCCAGACCAUCCAGGGCCAGUACUGUGACAUCUGCAGCCAGGGGGACAGCGAUCGCGCCCAUCCCAUCACCAACGCCAUCGACGGGACGGAGAGAUGGUGGCAGAGCCCGCCGCUGUCACGCAGCACCGAGUACAACGAGGUGAACGUCACCCUGGACCUCGGACAGCUCUUUCAUGUGGCUUACGUGCUGAUUAAGUUCGCCAACUCUCCUCGUCCGGAUCUCUGGGUUCUGGAGAGAUCCAUCGACUUCGGGUUGACCUAUCAACCCUGGCAGUACUUCGCCUCCUCUAAGUCGGACUGUAUCGAGCGUUUCGGACAGAGGUCCAUCGAGAGAAUCAACAAUGAUAACGACAUCGUUUGCACCACUGAGUACUCGCGUAUAGUGCCGCUGGAAAACGGAGAGAUCGUGGUGUCCUUGGUGAACGGGCGUCCCGGAGCGAUGAACUUCUCCUAUUCGCCAGUGCUGAGGGAGUUCACCAAGGCCACCAACAUCAGGCUCCGCUUCCUGAGAACCAACACGCUGCUGGGUCACCUGAUGGGAAAGGCUCUCCGCGACCCCACCGUCACCCGAAGGUAUUACUACAGUAUCAAGGACAUCAGUAUCGGAGGACGCUGUGUGUGUAACGGUCACGCUGAGGCCUGCAAUGCCAAGGAACCCAACGACCCCUACAAGUUACUGUGCGACUGUCAGCACAACACCUGUGGCGUGUCUUGUGACCAGUGUUGCCACGGAUACAACCAGUUACCGUGGAAACCGGCCACGACCUACAGUGCCAACGAGUGUGAACCGUGUAACUGUCACCGUCACUCGUUCGACUGUUACUACGACCCCGAGGUCGAUCACAAGAGAGGAAGCUUAGAUAUCCACGGACACUACCGAGGAGGAGGAGUCUGCCUCAACUGUCAGCAUCACACCACCGGAAUCAACUGUGAGCGCUGCAUCCCGACCUACUACAGGUCACCUGACCACUCCAUCGACUCCCCAUUGGCCUGCUCACCCUGCGACUGUCAGUCAGAGUUUACAGACGGUACCUGUGAGGAUCUGACCGGUCGCUGUCUCUGCAAACCAAACUACACCGGGGAGAACUGUGAAUCCUGCGCCAGCGGCUUCAUCAACUUCCCCGACUGUUACCCCAUCCCCACGUAUCCCACCAAUAAUAACAACGGCGAGGCCAAACCAGCAGGAGAGAUCAUCAACUGUGAGUGCAGUGCAGCGGGCACCGUAGAUAACUCCUGCAGGCCGGAUCCCAGGACUCGAACCUGUGUCUGUAAACUGGGUUUCACUGGUGACCACUGUGACACCUGCGCUCCGGGUUUCUAUGGACUCAACUGUCAGGCUUGUCAGUGUUCAGGUCCCGGCUGUCUGGAUGGGUCAUGUGACGCAUUGACGGGUCACAGCGUGUGUCGAAGUGGUUUCCAAGGUUACCAGUGCGACCAGUGUGCACCGGGCUACUUCAACUACCCGCUCUGCCAACUGUGUGGUUGCAGCUCGCUCGGCUCUCUGCCUGAAGGCUGCGACGCGUCCGGUCGCUGUCUGUGUAAACCAGAGUUUCAAGGUCCUCGAUGUGAACAGUGCAGAUCUGGAUUCCACUCCUACCCCAACUGUCAAGUGUGCACCUGUGAUCCUCGCACCGCACUGGACGCCAGCUGCACCGCAUCAGGUCACUGCCACUGCCGGCCCAAUUACAGCGGAGCGUCAUGUGACCAGUGUGCACCCGGUUACUACGGUUACCCGAGCUGCACGCCCUGCCAGUGCUCUCCAGAAGGCUCCCGCUACACCAGCUGCGACCAGGUGACGGGACAAUGUGUGUGUCUGUCCAAUGUGGUGGGACUGAGGUGUGACAGCUGUGCACACGGCUCUUACGGCUUCCCCAACUGCCAAGCUGGUACCUGCCAUCCUGCUGGCUCUGUUCAGUAUGUGGUGCCACCGCCAGUGGGUCAAUGUGAGUGCCGUCGCCAUGUUGAAGGCCCGGCCUGCGACACAUGUAAACCUCUGUACUGGAACCUCUCCCCAGACACUCCUGAUGGAUGCUCCAACUGUGAGUGUAACAUCGCAGGGACUGUUAGCGGUGUCGCAGAGUGUGCACAGGAAACUGGUCAGUGUCACUGUAAACCCAACGCUUGCAGUGGAACCUGCUCUACCUGUAAAGAUGGCUACUACAACCUGCAGGAACAAAACUACUUCGGCUGCCAGGGUUGCCAGUGUGACAUCGGAGGUUCAGCAGGUCAGUCAUGUGGAGAGAGGAACGGCCGUUGUCGCUGCAGACCCAACAUCGAGGGACCAAAGUGUAAUCUACCUCGUCCGGAUCAUUACUUCCCAGACCUUCAUCAUCUGAAGUUUGAGAUCGAGGAGGGAACCAUGCUGGAUGGCAGACCGGUGAGAUUUGGCUACAACCGUCUGGAGUUCCCAGACUUCAGCUGGAGAGGUUACGCUCAGAUGUCCCCCAUCCAGUCCAAGGUGUUUGUGUCGGUGUCUGUCAGCUCUCCAGACCUCUUCCAUGUGGUGCUUCGCUAUGCCAACUGGGGGGGUUCGGAUGUUCUGGGCAGGGUGGCGGUCAUAGAGGACGGCUGGAACUACUACUGUCGUAACUGUUCAGAACAGUCCAAACAAAUCGUCUUUGCUCCCAGUACGGAGCCGACCUUCGUCAACGUUCCCCAGAACACCUUCGCGGAGCCCUUCGUUCUGAACCCGGGAACCUGGACUGUGGUUAUAGAGGCUGAAGGAAUCCUGCUGGAUUAUCUGGUCCUGCUUCCCAGCGCCUACUAUGAAGCUCCCAUCCUGCAGAUCAAAGUCACAGAGCCCUGCACCUACAGCUCUGUGCCUGACGCCAACCAGAACUGUCUGAUGUACAGGUAUCUGUCUCUGGACUCCUUCCCCUCCAUCUCUGCCAAUGACGCCAGCUGUCGCAACGACAACCACCUGCCGCGCCCCUGCCAGACCGAGAGGGUCACCCCACGCCAUCCCGACAUGGCCGUCUGCAGCGGCUACGAUAUCAGCGUCGAGCUGCGAGCACGUCUUUCGGCACCAGGUGAUUACGCUCUGGUCGUGGAAUAUUCCAGCGAGGAAGAAUUGCCACAAACUCUGUCUGUUGCCGUCAACAUGCCGGGAGCGCGGAGUCAUCAACACCGCGUCAUCCUGACGCACUGCAAAUACAGCUUCCUGUGUCGAGUCGUGGCCAUCGACGGACAGAACAGAGUGGCGUUGUUCUCUCUCCCCGCUGACACUGAGAUCCAGCUCACCUCCGACCGCGCCAGCUUCUUCCUGCACAAAGUCUACCUGGUACCUAAAGAGCAGUUCACCAUGGAGUAUGUUGAACCUAAAGUCCACUGCAUCAGCACUCACGGACAGUUCUCACCUGACAGUUCCUCCUGCGUCCCCUCACGCUUCCAAAUCCCGUCAGAAUCUCUGGUCCUGAAGGAAGGCCAGAGCUCCUCCAUGCGGGAGUCCGUCCUGGCCUCUCCUGCCGCAGCUCCUCCUCUGCUCCUCCACCAGAGCGAUGAACCGGUGUGGAUGGGAGGACACCGACCUCCUCACGGAGUGGACAACAGCGACCACGUCAGGCUGGACUCGGUGCAGAACGCAGCGGUGUACUCGACACGUGUCCACAGCCUGGGGCGUUACGUCUUCAUCCUCCACUAUCACCAGCCUCUCCACCCCUCCUAUCCUGUGCAGGUUUACAUCAACGGGGGACGGAUCUGGCAGGGCCACGCCAACGCCUCCUUCUGUCCUCACGCGUACGGCUGCCGUAACGUCCUGGUCUCUGAGAAUCAGAUCAUUCUGGAUGUGACUGACUACCAGGUCUUCCUCACGGUGCAGAUACCUGCAGGCAAAACACUGUGGCUGGAUUACGUGCUGGUUGUUCCUGAGAACAGCUACAGCUCCAGCUACCUGAAUGAAGAACCUCUGGAUAAAUCUUACGACUUCAUCAGCAACUGCGGACAAAACAGCUUCUACAUCAAUCCCUCCACCGCCUCUCCGUUCUGCCUCAGCUCGGCUGUUUCUCUGUCGGCCUUCUUCAACAACGGGGCGAUGCCCUGCGCCUGCCACGAGGUCGGAGCCGAGAGCGACACCUGCGAGCAGUUCGGCGGUCAGUGCCGCUGCAGGCCGCACGUCAUCGGCCGAGACUGCUCCAUGUGCGCCACGGGCUACUGGGGAUUCCCCAACUGUAGACCCUGCGACUGCGGUACCAGGUUGUGUGAACCGGUGACCGGUGACUGUAUCUGCCCUCCGAGGACUCUCCGCCCUGACUGCACCCAGUGUGAGCCCCAGACGUUCGGCUGUCACCCGGUGGUUGGGUGCGAGGUCUGCAACUGCUCUCGGCCCGGUAUCACCAACCCCGACGUCAGCUGCGACACACUCAGCGGACAGUGCAGAUGUAGGAACAACAUCGUCGGCCGUCAGUGCGACCGCUGCGCCCCUGGUUUCUAUGGCUACCCCAACUGCAGGCCAUGCGACUGCAACGAGGCGGGAACCGAAGAGGAAGUGUGCAACUCCUUCACGGGACAAUGUCUCUGCAAGGAGAACGUCCAGGGUUCUCGCUGCGACCAGUGCAGAGUCGGUACGUUCCACUUGGACCCGACCAACCCGAAGGGCUGCACCAGCUGCUUCUGCUUCGGAGCGACGGACCGCUGUCGCAGCUCUGACAAAAGACGCACCGAGAUCAUGAACAUGGAGGGCUGGGUGUUGCUCGGAGCUGACAAACAGGAAGUACCGGUGAUAGUGUAUCCCGGUCAGGACCUCGUAGAGGCCGACCUCAGCGAUGUACCCGAUGUCUACCAAGACCUCCACUGGCACGCACCGAAGACUUACCUGGGAGACAAGGUUUCAUCCUAUGGAGGUUAUCUGAGGUAUCGUCUCCAAACUCAGGUCAUGAGAGGCGAUGUGUUGUCGCUGCCUGCAGAAGCCUCCAGGCCUGACAUCAUUCUCAAGGGGAACCAGAUGACCCUGGUGUUCAUGGAGAGAGAAUACUCCACACCUGAAGAGCCUCACCUGGGAAUAGCUCACAUGGUCGAGGGAAGUUUCCGUCAUGCUCAGACCGGUAACUCUGUGUCACGUGAGGAGCUGAUGAUGGUUCUGGUCGGUCUGGAGUCUCUGCAGAUCCGAGCCCUUCACUCUCAGGUGGCUCACUCCGUGUCGCUCCGCGGCGCCGUGCUGGAGAGCGCCGAAAACUUGCCUACCGGUCGCCAUGCCAACAAUGUGGAGAUCUGCAUGUGUCCAGCCAAUUACCUGGGAGACUCGUGUCAGAAAUGUGCUCCAGGUUUCUACAGAGACACUAUCGGCCUGUUUUUGGGGAAAUGUGUUCCCUGUAACUGUAACGGACACUCUGAUCAGUGUCUGGAUGGAUCUGGAAUCUGUCUGAACUGCCAGCACAACACAGCUGGCGACCACUGUGAGAAAUGCCAGGGCGGUUUCCUUGGCAACAACAGUCUGGACGGACAGGCGGUUUCAUGCUCCAGUUGUCCCUGCCCACUGAGAGUCCAGUCCAACAAUUUUGCAGAAGGUUGUGUGCAGAAACAGGACAGGAUGCAGUGUCUGUGUAUGCCGGGUUAUGCUGGACCAAACUGUGAAAGGUGUGCCCCUGGUUACUAUGGCAACCCCAUGGUGCUCGGCAGCAGGUGCCAGCCGUGCCAUUGCCACGGCAACACCGACCCAAACAUGCUGUUCACAGACUGUCACCCGCUGACCGGCGAGUGUCUGAGCUGCAUGCACAACACGGCCGGGCCUCACUGUGACAUCUGCGCUCCCGGUUACUACGGAGACGCCAUCAACGCCAAAAACUGCACCAGAUGCAGUUGUUCUCCAUGUGGUACCGAGUCAUGUGACCCUCAGACUGGACAGUGUCGCUGUAAACCAGGAGUCACCGGACCGCGCUGCGACCGUUGUGAGGACGGCUCCUUCGGCUUCGACUCGUGCUCCGGCUGUCGUCAGUGUGACUGCGACGCCUCGGCGGCUCUCGUCCAGCCGUGUGACCCUCGGAACGGUCAGUGCGCCUGUCAGCCCGGAGUCAACGGACCCAACUGCAGACAGUGCGCUCCUGGAUACUGGGACUACGGACCCAACGGAUGCAAGAAGUGCGACUGUAGAGGAGGUCGCUGUGACCCCCGGACGGGAGAGUGUCGCUGUCCUGACGGGAUGACGGGAAAACAGUGUGACACCUGCUCAAACAAAUACAGCGUACCUACAGAACACCAUCACGGCAUGCACUGUGAACUGUGUGACAGCUGCGUCGUCGUCCUGUUGGAGGAUCUGGACAAGAUGAACGACGACUUCCGCUCAGUAGCCGGUCAGCUGACCAAUCUGAACGCCAGCUCUAUCGUCUGGGCUCAGCUGGACAAUCUCAACAAAUCUAUGGAGGAAAUCGCUCGGGCCAUAGAGAACUACAACAGUACACUGGAUGACAGCAGGAGCCGCGCCGACUUGCUGGAUUCUGAUAUUAUGAACAUCAACGCUGACAUUGAUGAACUGCAGAACAAGACAAAAGCGACGACAGACAGAGUGGGUGAGCUGCGUGACAGUACCACUAACACACACCAGAGGGCGCAAGACCUGCUGUCCUUCAUCAACAACAUGACAAAGGAUAUAAACGACAUCAUGCAUAUGGCGAACAGGUCGUCACUGAACGACACAGACACGAAUCAGGACGACGGUGACAGGGAGAGGAUGAUGAGGGAGGUGCAGGCCAUGCUGAGGGAGAUGAGGUUCAGGAGCUGCGUGGGACAGAAGAAACUGGCUGAUAAAGAGAAGACGGAGGCCGAGAAAUUGUUGGAUCGUGUUAACAAAGAGUUGGUGGGUCGUCAGGCAGGAAACGAUGACGUGGUCAAAGCCAUCAAAGACCGUUUGAACCGCCUCCACUCUCAAAUGAUGGACCUCCGAGACGCUCUGAACGAAGCCGUGAACAAAACCGCCAGAGCCGCAGAGAUCAACAAUAUCAACGAGAAAACGUUGGAGGACAACAAGAGGAGGAUAGAAGACUUGUUGUCCAAGCAGAAGGAGGUGACCGAUCAGCUACACAUGGCUGAAGAUGACGUAGCCCAGGUCAACGAUUUGCUGUCCAUGCUGCACGACUCCAAAGAGGAAUAUGAGCGGUUGAUGGCCCAGCUGGACGGAGCCAGGACGCCGUUGGCAAAGAAAGUGCAGGACUUUGCUUGGGUUGACUCCAAAAUCCCCCUGGUGGAGGCGGCGGAGAAACACGCUGAGCUGCUGAACGCUUUAGCCAUGAACCUGUCCAGUUUCGUUGCAGACACCAAGAAGGAUGAAUUUGUGGACGUAACACAAGCCUACAACAGGAUCAUCAACAGCAUCAAGGAGGCAGAGGAGGCCGCCAACAUGGCUGACAAGGCUGCCACCAACGCACUGGAGAACAUAAAGGACCAGGACCUCGGUCAGAUCGCCGACUCUCUGAGGAACCACAGUCUGGAGCUGAAGGAUGAAGUUGAAAAGCUAAAUGACGAACUCAACAACGACCUGAAGCCGCAACUCGAAGAUGCUCAGAAGCGACUGGAAGACGCCAAAACCAAAAAGGUUCAAGUGAUGAAGGACCUGGAGACGGUUCAGACCAACCUCAACUUCACUUCAAAUGUGAGUCAGGAGAUCGACGAGGCGAAGCGAGCGGCGGAUCAGGCCAACACCACGGCGACGCAAGUCAACGAUGCCCUGCGUCCCAUCAAAGAGCAGCUGGACCAAUGGCAGGAGACCUACGGCGACGCCAACGUCACCAACGAGGACAUCAACAACGCUCUGAUGGAGGCCAACAAGACUGUGAACAUGCUGGGUGACACUAUUCCCGUGCUCAUGAAGAAGCUGGAUAAACUGCAGAAUCACUCGGUUCAGAUGCCAAACAUCUCUGAGAACAUCAACCGCAUCCGACAGCUCAUACAGCAGGCGCGCAACGCUGCUAGCAAGGUGAGCGUGCCGGUGAAGUUUAACGGGGAGUCCGGCGUUCAGGUUCGUACUCCGUCUAACCUGGCUGACCUGGCUGCCUACACCUCCCUCAAGUUCUACAUCACCCUGCCCGAGGCGGCGCGGGCCAGGCGGCAGGACGACGGCACAAAACAGUUUGUCUUCUACCUCGGCAACAAAGAUUCCAAUAAGGAGUUCCUGGGCAUGACGCUGGAGGGGAAGAGACUGCGUUGGUACUUUAACGUCGGAGGACAAACUGCUGAGGUGCAUAUGAAUGAAGACGUCAAGUCUAACGGGAACUUCAACAACGUAGUACUGGAGAGGAUCCUCCAGUAUGGUCAGAUGUCCAUGUCUUCAGAAGCCACUGAGGGCGACCAAAGAGUCACCAAAGCCUCUGAGAAUGCUAAAGGAGAUCAGGGGCUGCUCAACCUCUUGACCAACGACACCGUCUUCUACGUUGGAGGAUACCCCAGCACUUUCAAACCUCCUGCCCCGCUCGCUCUGCCUAACUUUAAGGGCUGUAUUGAGCUAGAUACACUGAACGAGGAGGUGCUCAGUCUGUACAACUUUGAAAAGAUCUUCAAACUCAACACUACAGCGGACAGACCUUGCGGCAGGUUGAAGCCGGUGCUGACUCAGGCCUGGGUGAAUGACGCAGCAUUUUUCGACGGUACCGGCUUCGCUACCGUCACCUUCACCGAUGAAUCGACUCGCAUGCAGCGCUUCGAACAGGAAGUCAAACUGCUCUCGCACAACGGAAUACUGCUCCUGCUGCAGAACGGGAAUCAGUUCCUGUGUCUCGGGGUACUUCAGGGCAGACUGAAGGUUUUCUAUGAUUUCAGCGGUGAUCUGGUGGACCUCAUGCCUAAAGAUCCCACAUCAAACUUCCUGAAGAUCAGCGACGCGGACGCCAAAUCUCUGGAGAUUAUCAUCCUGCGUGGAACUCCGGACCGUGUCGUGGUGAGGAACAACCGCAACAUUCUCUACAACCACCAUUUCACAGAGAACAUCCCUUCGUUCAGCGGCAGCUACUACCUGGGAGGAGUACCGGAGGACAAGAUGCCGGAGAAGUUGAAGUCUAAGUUCCCUAAGCAGGGCUCUCUGAAGGGCUGCUUCAGGAACGUGAAGGCCCAGAACUCUCACAUCGACCUGAAGAGGAUGACGAGCUCCGGAGUCAGCUUUGGCUGUGACAGCGACCUGCUGGUGGCUCGUGAGGCUCAUUUCUCCGGGAAGAGCUACCUGGAUUUGGCUCUGACCAACGUUCCCAGUAUCAAGAAAAACUUCCACGCCGGCUUCGGCUUCAGAACCGAACACAAGGAAGGACUCAUGUUCUACCACCACGAUAAGGACGGAGUGUGUCAGGUGUUUUUGCAUGAAGGCCAUAUCGUGGUGAGAGCCGGUAACAGUGAAAUUAAGACGCAGAAGACGUACAACGACGACAACAGCCACUACGUCACCAUCUACAACAACGACAGCGGGAUACGUCUGUACAUGGACGACGUGCUGGAGAAAGGGAAGGAGACUAUCAGGCUGGGACGUGGUGUGACGUCGGCCACGCAGGGCAGCACCUACCUGGGAGGAAUGCCCGACCAAAUCCUCGGCAACCUCACCGGAUGUAUCAGCAACGCCUUCAUCAAGAGGGACAUGAUUUCUCAGAUGGUUUUGAACCUGCUGAAAGCAAAAGAAAACGUGAAUGUUCCUCUGGACUGUCCCGCUGCCAAAAAACCUCAGCAGAUCGUGGCUGCUCCACCUAAACACAGCAGCAAACCCAAGGGUAAGCACAAGAAGCCGUCGGGGUCUCGCAGUCGUAACACCAGGGAGUCCUGUCAGGGGGAGACGUCGCAGCGGGAGACCGGAGCGACGCACUUCAGCGGCUCCACACACAGCUAUCAGAGAUACGACUCUCUGCCCAGCUCGCUCAGCUCCAUGCCUCACAUCUCCAUGUCUGUGAGGAUCAACUCGUCUGACGGUUUGGUGCUUUACGUAGCCGGCGGCGGGCAUCGAGGAGGAGCCGUGAUGUCACUCAGCCUGUCGGACGGCCACCUGCUGCUCUUACUGGACGGAGGGAAGAGGAAGGCCAGCCUGCGCAGCCACAAGAAGUACAACGACGACCAGUGGCACACGGUGUUUAUAAAGCGUGAAGGAGAGAAGAUCAGUCUGAUAGUCGACGGUAUCAGCGCUCAGUCUAAGAGAGUUCCUGGAGGAGACCGAGCUCGUCUCACUGGGCCUUUAUAUGUCGGAGGAGUCCCGCCCUCUCUGGCGGCCCCGGGUUCCGGUGGUUUUGUCGGUUGCGUCAGGGACCUGACACUGAACGAGGCCCCUGCGGGAAGCCCCGCUCACAGUCAGGGGACGGUGCCCUGCUUCCAAAACCCUCUACAGCCCGGAGCGUACUUCUCUGGACAGGGAGGACACAUCGCGAUAGAUGAGUCCUUGGUUCUGGGUCGGGAUCUGGAGAUCCAGCUGGAGGUUCGGCCCAUCUCGGACUCUGGGCUGCUGUUGCAUGCUGGGACGUCACCUGACCAACAGCUGAGUUUGGUCCUGAGUCAAGGAGAGGUGAUUGUGUCAGUAAACAGCGGUAAAGGUGAAUUCUCUACCUCUUUCACUCCUGAAGAAGCUCUGUGUAACGGACGCUGGCACACCAUCACAGUGGUGAAGAAGAACAACAUCCUGCAGCUACAUGUGGACGCAGCCAGCGAGCACAGCGUCGGCCCCAAACACAGCCGCUCAGCGGGGGCCAAGGAGACCGUUUACCUCGGAGGAGUACCUGAUGGCGUCACAGUACCCGGUCUCCCCGCCGGCCUGCCAGCCUUCCAGGGCUGCAUCCGCCAAGCGACCAUCAACCACAGACCUGCCAUGUUGUCCAAACCGCUCGCCGUACACGGAGCUGUAGGGACGCAGGGCUGCCCACACAUGUAGACCCCCCCUCCCCCUC